AUGGCCAGUUCAAACUCCAAAUUACCAAUCUUCAUCGCUUCUGCCAUCGGUGCCCUCGGAGCAGUCUAUAUCGUAUCUCCCAAGACUGAGCUUUCGGGCAAAGGUAAACCUGCAUCGGCACCUACAGAAGGUCGAAGUCAGUCUGCUAAAGAUGGUAAAACCAGUGAUGGAUCUGCUUCGGUAAGCUCCCCUCAUCCAGCUCUGCAUCACGGUGGAUCAUCUCCAAGUGAUCGAGAAGGACCCACCGUCGCUGGUCAAACUGGAUCAUCAAGAAAGUCUCACUCUGCCGAACAUGACGUCAAGACUCAGGACAACCCGUCUGGACAAGCUGGUCAAGGUUUAGCACAAAUGAGAGAGAGGAAAAUGGAGGGUAAAGGAUUACCUAGUCCACAAGGCGGUGAUACUCCUGCUCAAGCUACUCCAGCUCAAAAAGGAUACGGUGAAGCUCAGACUCAACGGGAUUCAGGACCUAAUCAAUCUGACACACCUAAGAACAAGCAAAGUGGAGGUGGUUGGUCUUCUUGGUUCGGUGGAAAGUAA